GGAAGCGGCGGUCGAGGUGUCGCAGUGCGCGGCCGGAGCCAUCGGAGCCGCCGGCCCCAACGGGCCGGGCCGGGCCGGGCCGGGUUGUGCCAUGAAGGGGAAAGAAGAACGAGAAGGGGGAGGGGGGGGGCCUGGGGCAACCGGGCCGGGCAUAGCGGGGGGUGGUAGCCCCGAGAAGAGUCAUAGCGCGCAGGAGCACAAGGAGCAAGGGAACCGACUCUUCGGCGGCCGCAAGUACCCCGAGGCCGCCGCCUGCUACGGCCGCGCUAUCAACCGCAACCCCUUGGUGGCCGUCUACUACACCAACCGUGCCCUCUGCUACCUGAAGAUGCAGCAGCAUGACAAGGCCCUGGCUGACUGCAAGCGGGCCCUGGAGCUGGAUGGGCAGUCUGUCAAAGCCCACUUCUUCCUGGGCCAGUGCCAGAUGGAGAUGGAGAACUAUGACGAGGCCAUCGCCAACCUGCAGCGAGCCUACAACCUGGCCAAGGAGCAGCGUCUGAACUUUGGGGACGACAUCCCCAGCGCCCUGCGCAUCGCCAAGAAGAAGCGCUGGAACAGCAUCGAGGAGAAACGGAUCAACCAGGAGAAUGAGCUGCACUCCUACCUGACCAGGCUGAUCAUGGCCGAGAAGGAGAGGGAGCUGGCCGAGUGCCGGAAGGCUCAGCAGGAGGAAAACGCGGACGAGAGCCGGAGCAGAGUUCAGUUGGCCACCAUUGAGGCCAAACAUGACAAGUACCUGGCAGACAUGGACGAGCUCUUCUCUCAAGUGGAUGAGAAGAGGAAGAAACGGGACAUCCCUGACUACCUGUGUGGCAAGAUCAGUUUUGAGCUGAUGCGGGAGCCCUGCAUCACACCCAGUGGCAUCACCUACGACAGGAAGGACAUCGAGGAGCAUCUCCAGCGCGUGGGGCAUUUCGAUCCGGUGACGAGGAGUCCCCUGACCCAGGACCAGCUCAUCCCCAACCUGGCCAUGAAGGAGGUGAUCGACGCCUUCAUCUCAGAGAACGGUUGGGUGGAGGAUUACUGAGGGACAGCCCUGGCUGUGGUGGCAGGGAGGGCUCUGGCCAGGCUGGCACCAUGCCUUACUUGCUCUCCGGCUGCUCCUGCUCUUCUCCAGCUGCCUGCAGACCCCACGCUGGGCCAGGGCACAGCCCCAUCUCCCCCUCUUCCUGAGGAACCAUGACAGCGGGGUGGGCACCAAGGCUCCCCCAGGGGCGUCCCCCUUUUCACUGGUCUUGGCCACUGCAGCACUUGGAGGAGGAUCUCCAAGAGCCCAGGAGGUCUCACCAACAUCAUCAUCCAGAGAGUGGGGUUCCUCUCGGCUGUGGCAGCUGAACAAGCCCCAAAAAAUCACAUCCUGCUCCAGGGAUUUGCUGCCAGGAGCUUUGCCAGGAUGAGUGCUGAGUACAGUGAUGUUUCCUCUUCCUCCUCUCUCCUGGCUGGGUGGUGGUCUCCUCUCUCCUGUAAAUAGCCACUUGCCCAGGGUGGGAGACCCACCUUCUGACGCUGACUCACCCUUUGGCUUGCCCUGGGGAACUGUUGUCCUUCUCCCCACCUUGCAAAUGGGUGGCUCAUGCAGCCCCUUACCCACCAGGCCCAUGAACAACCCUCCCGGGUGAAAAGCUCUUCUUCCUUCUCGUGAAAUCCCUUGGAAAAAAAAAACAAAAAAACAAA